CAGCCUGCUUUAGCGGGCUGUUGACUUUGUCCAGAGUUCGGACCAGGUUGGGACCGCUGGCGCUGCUCUAUGCAGCAAAUGUUGGUUGCGCCGCGACUUUUUGGAGUCUAGCUGGUAUCAGCACAGCUAAAAUAUUGUUAAAGAGAAGAGCGGGCAGCAUCUGCUUUGCUGAAUCUCGGCAUCGAAAGGUUGGGGCGCUGCAGACAGCAAACGACCAGCCAAGUGCGCUCUGUAAGCUGAGCUUGGUAGGAAAAUACCAGCCUCGCCCUAACCUCUGAAGGUGACAUGGCUUCGCUGCCACAGCUCCAGCCCGACGCGGCGAUGGCGCACGCGGCCGUCAGCUCCCAGCCGCUGCAACCGCAGCCGACCGCGGCCCUUGCCCUCUCAUCCGCACUGUCUGCGGGAGCGCUGACCCCUGUCCAGCAGGCUAGCGUCCCCCUGCAGAGUGGGCAGCUGCCCCUGCUGGUGGCAGCCGGCGGCAGCGCAGCCAGCGGCAGCGGCGUCGGCUCUGACACUGGCAUCCCGAGAACCCCUGCUAGCAGCAAUGGUGUCGUCGACGGCACAGGUAGCAGCGCCGGAACCGGCGCUGUCGGCAACAGCCCACGCCUGGCGUCUGCGGGCGUGCCGGUAGCGUCCGAGUCUGACAGCCGGACCCUUUUGGCGGAAUACUGGUUUAGGGUGGGCAAGCUGCAGGGCCAGCAGGCCCAGGUGCUCUCUGAGAUGGACAGGUUGGAGAAGAUUGCCCAGCGGGCUAGUGGUGACGUCGCCGCCAACAGCCGUCGCUCCCGCCGCCUGCUUGUGGAGGUCUACAAGCGCUGCAGGGUGGAGCCGGGGUCGGCAGAGGCCGCCAACUACCCCAUCUGUGGCAACGUGGUGAAGUUGAUGCGCGCCGCCGAUGAAUGCCUCAUCAAGUUUAUUGCCACAAAGGCCAGCGCACGGGCCGCAGCUGCGGCUCCCAGCCCCGGCCUCCCUGAGGGCGGUGCUGCUGAGCCGCCGCCCGCCUUCGUAUGCCCCAUCACCCAGGACGUGAUGUCAGACCCGGUGGUGGCGGCUGACGGCCACACUUACGAGCGCGGGAUGAUUGAGAAGUGGGUGCGCCAGGGGCUGGGCGCCGGCGCCUGUUGGCCGGGCAGCAGCGGCCCGCGCAGCCCCAUGACCAACGAGCCGCUGCCCAACACGGCGCUAGUGCCUAACCUGGCCCUGCGCAGUGCUAUCAAGGAAUGGCAGGAGCAGCGGGAGCGCCAGCGCCUGCAGCAGCAGCACCAGAAGCAGCAGCGCGUGCAACAGCAGCAACAGCAGCAGCAGCAGCGCCUGCAGCAGGGGCAGCAGGGCAUGCAGCGGACCGGCUCGCGCCAGCUUCCCGACGUGGCUUGACGUACGCCUGUGAUCUAGAGGCUUGGCGAGCAGCGGCGGAUAAGCGUGGGGCCCUGACUGGCAGGGGUCAUGCGUAAGGUUUUGGCCAGGUUUGGACUGUCGCUGUAGCAGGAGAGUGAUGGUGAAACGCACUUACUUGUUUGCAGAUGGAGCACCGUCUGCAAGCGAGUCUUGCUGGGAGUGCUAUCAUGAGGAGGGCGGAGUCUAUGUUUGCAGGCUUGCGUGCGGGCAGGCGGCGGGCAGCACUAAGAACAUGUUUGCAGUGCACAGUUAAGUGGUCGCCUUGACGCGGUGCUAUAUGCCAAUGCUCAGGGCAGGUGCUGGCGGACUUCGUGAGCAACCAUGUACCGGUAUAUACGGCAGACGGCGUGUGUGUACUGCGGCGUUGCGGCUCUGUGAGCAUGUCUGUUUGUGAGCAGGACUGCACUUAGUAAGAUUGGCAGAGCUCGGGUGCAUUCAUGAUAACUGCUUGGUUGUUGUGAUUUAGGCAAGCCUGGGCAUAGUAAUAUGUUCGGCCCCAUGCCGUGGCAAGCCUCUUGUUUUCUGCUACCGGACCCCAGGCGCUUUGUGCCAUGUUGGGACCGCAAGGCGGCGGUAGUGGUCAAGGUUUCCAACACACGUUUUCAAGUUUCGGUCCAGAACUCAUAAUCGUAUUAAUACCGGUAUUUGCUAUUCCCAUUGACAGCGGGACGUGGCUGGACGCAUGGAGGGCCGUGCCUGUACGAACCAACCCGGCUAUGUCGUGCGGGAGAUGAGGUAGACGCUUGCGGCCUCAGAUAAGAUACGUGGGCUCAACCACUUGUCGCUCACAGGGGCCGACCAAAUAUCUUGUCAAGUUGGGUCCAGUGGCUGAUAAGUUGUGGCGGGAGAGCUGGCCUUGAUUUGCGGCCUUGCUUCGCGGCCCCUCUCCAAGGCCUCUCACCAGCUAAGCCGUGGCAACUUGCACACACACAAACACAGUACGAAUCGUAGUUAAUUGAACAUGCACUACGCCCCCACCAACCUCUUUCACGUGAUCCCCUGCAACCUCUUCCACUUAGAAUACUUUGUCCUGCCGGCACCGCCGGGCUUGAAGGCACCGACGGGGAUAUCCGGGAACUGCGGCCGCAGGUGUUUUUCGGCCGCGGUCCAGUCCACCUUGGCCUUCGAAUGCGCGGCCAGGAUCAUAACACCCGCAGAGUCCCUGCAUCCAGCGUGGAGGCCAUGCACACUUUGCGUGUGGUCUGCGUGUGCACACUUUGCGCGGGUGCCGUGUGCUGGUCACUGGUGAAAGGGUGCUUUGACUCCUGCAUAGCAAAAUGCGCUCAUAUGUUUGUGAGCAGGGCGCGUGUGAUCAUUUGCGACCCGUUAACCCGUUGGUUGCUUCGUGUUUUAAAAGUGAUUGUUACAAUGUGACCAGCGGAGCUGGCUCCCAAGCAACCUGGCAGGAACCGGGUGUGUCAAACUAGUAACCGUUCACGUCACGCGUUCACCCACUGUUUGCACAGCGUGCAGACUGCGGUUUGCGGCCAUUUGGUCUGAGAUUGUGUGGCAGGGGCAGGGCAGGGAGAUGGGCCGUGGCAGGGCCUGCUACCGCCAGCUUGGAAGGUGGAAGUGGGCAACCCCGCCGCGGACUGCCAUAGACACUGUAGACACUGCGGUUGACAGCAGCAUCACGUGAUGAUGAUGAUGAUGAUGUGUUACAGGGUUGGAAGUGUGCAUUCCUGAACCUGUAACGAGACUAACCG